AUGUUUGACGAAGAAGAAUCCAAAAAGUUAAGAAUUUUUCAACGGGAAAAGCGAUUGGAGCUUCAAUUAAUUAUUCAAAGAUGUUCGGAAAUUAAAUUUGAGUAUGUAUGUCUACCAAGUGUAAGAAGUGACAAUGAUUUAUGUUUUGGAAGUAAAAACCCUCGAAAGAUUCAUCUUUUUGCUGAUGAUAAAACAGUUAAUUCAUACAUAAGGAAGUGCUUUAAGGAACAUUUUCCAGAACCUGAUACAUUAUCUGUUACAAAGAAAACAGAUGAAGAAACAAAAGAUGAGGAAAAAGAAAUUGAACUUAAACCUACAUAUCCUUUUGCUUCAAAAGUUCCAAGAUUUUUAGACAUUACAAUAGAUUCUUCAGGAGUUUAUCUACGCAAGAAAACAUUCAAAGAAACUCCAUUUGUUAUAAGAAAAUCUUUUUCUGCAUUUGGGACUUGCAAAAAGAGAAAACUCCUUGUAACAAGAAACUUUAAUACAACAGAAACUCCUGGCGUUGGGACAUACAAUCUACUACAUUACAAGACAAAUUACUUUCAGCAUUCCUUUGGUGGUGACAUCUCCAUUAAACCUGCAUUCGACAUUGUUUGCACUGCCACAAAUUUAGAUAUAAAAUGUGAUUUGUGUGAAAGUGAAUUAAAGAAUAUUUAUUGGAAAAGUAAGAAAACUCAUAAUCUUUUGUGUCGUGCAUGUUAUGAUAAAAAAAUUAUUAAAAUUAGAAAAGCAACACGCGGAGUGAUUGAUCAAUUUCGUAUAAUCAAAGCUUUUAAAGAAGAUUACGAGAAAAAACGUUAUUGUGAUUUUUUUCAUAAGCACAGCAAUUCUAAAGCUGCAAUUCGUCUUAUGACAGACAAACAAUUAAAAAAUCGAAUAAGUAUGGAAAAUUUUCUAAACACUAGGAUUGAAUAUUAA